AUGAGCGGUAUUCAAAUAAUAGCUUAUUUACUUCUUGUCUCUUUAUUCUCGACAAUAAACUGUAAUGUACAAGAAAACAGCAACGAAGAUAUGGAUUAUGCCAAUUCUUAUGCUGCUCGACGAAACUUGGUAGCAGAAUAUCUCCACCAAUACAUUGACAAACGUGCUGCUGCUAAAUCAAUUUGUGGUGCUUCUACUCAAUGUGCAGAUUCAUGUAAUCCAAGUACCCGCUAUGAUGCUAGUACUACAUGUGGUUUGACUUGUUAUGAUAAUAAGUGGGUAGAACAAGCUGGUAGUACAGGCAUUUGUCAACUUAGUUCUAAUGUUUGUGCUGGUGCUGCUUCUACUUUUUGUCCUGGUGGCAAUUAUACUAGAGUUCAUAAUGGUUUUGCAGGCAAUCCAAGUUAUUUUGAUUGCAAUAAUGGUUAUGGUUGUGGUAACAAUGGAGGAUGCUGUGUUCGUAUUGCUGGUGCAACUACUAAUAAUUGGCAAUAUUAUUGUCUUAAAUCAGAUGAAAAACGUAUAAAGGCUUGGGAACUUCCUCCACAGCCAGUUGUAAAAAAUUGGAAACCUGUGCCGUCUCAAAAAUCCGAAGUGUAA